AGUUUUACAUCAGAAAGAAUUGAGGACCCCAGCAGCAACCUUUAGAUUUUGAAGAUUCUUGUCCUAUUUCUUAUGAUUCACGGUAUGUCAUUCUCUCCUUAACAAACCUCCGUUAAGUGAGGGUAAAGACAGGAUCCCUAACGGGUUAAUUCGGAGACAACCACCGAGAGGAAUUUCCUAGAGAGCCCAGGAAGUGACUUUGAUUCCCCGCGAGGCUUCCUAGACCCCAGCCUCAACUUCUCUAGUGUGUCUGGACAGCGUUCACUUUCACCCCGAGGACAUCCUUUGAGAAUAUUUAUUGUGGGAUUAGGGUGGGGUGUAGAGGAGUAUGCUGCACAAGGCACGAACUACUGGAGAGAUCUGUGCAGUUGCGCCUCAGGAAAGAUCUGGGCCCCUGGUAUGAGAGGAGGGAACCAUUUCCAGUUUCACUGGCAAGUAGUUCCCAUCUUUCAUGAAUUCUCCGAAGAUAUUCAACGGGCGCUAGAGUGCGAUUCAAGCACUGCUUUUGCUCGGGAUGGCUAGAGAACAGAGAGAAAAAACUGCCCUGGAAGCCCACUCUGCAGAAGAGCAGAUGGGGAUUCUGACUGUGAAGGUGGAGAAGGAGGAAUUCGCCUCGGUUACUGAGGAGAGCGCACCCGGUAGCCUCGCCUGGGGCAAGGAAUGUUCGCGCCAGCGCUUUCGCGCUUUCUGUUAUCCGGAAGCCUCAGGCCCCAGAGAGGCGCUGAGCCUGCUCCGGGAGCUCUGCCGACAGUGGCUGAGGCCUGAGAUGCAUAGCAAGGAACAGAUUCUGGAGCUGUUGGUGCUGGAGCAGUUCCUGACUAGCCUACCUGGGGACCUGCAGAACUGGGUGCGGGAGCAGCAUCCAGAGAGCGGGGAGGAGGUGGUGGUACUGUUGGAGUAUUUGGAGAAGCAUCUGGAUGAACCCACACCUCAGCCUCCCGGUGGUCACCAGGGGCAAGAACUGCUCUGUUGCAAGGUGGCAUUGUUGACACCAGUUCAAGAAUCACAAAAUAACCAAUUCCAACCAAUGAAGGCUCUGCUCAAGCAUGAAUCUCCUGCAUCCCAGCACCUACAAGACAGAGUUCUCCAGGUUCCUGGACUUUCUCAGGGAAUCAUUUGCAGAGAAGAUACCCCAGUAGCUGCCAGAUCCACUCCACUGUCCCAGAGGAUGCUGAAAAUGGAAAAUGUGGCCCUGACCUUCUCUCCUGGUUGGACACAGCUGAAUUCAUCUCAAAUGAACCUCUACAGAGAUGAAAGGCAGGAAAACUGUGGAAACCUAGUCUCCCUGGGUGGUAAAAUACAGGCUACAAUUCAGGAUUUGCCUCCAGCAAAGGAACAUCUAGAAAAGCCUGGGCAGAAAUUGUACCAUCUUGGUGAGGACAUUGCACAAAUCUCUGCAGGUGCAGAAGCUGGUGAACAGGAUGAAGGUGGGUUGCAAAGAAAGCAGAAAAAUGCCACAGGGAGUAGGCGACACAUUUGCCAUGAAUGUGGAAAGAGUUUUGCUCAGAGUUCAGGCCUGACCAAGCACAGGAGAAUCCAUACUGGAGAGAAACCCUAUGAGUGUGAAGACUGUGGGAAGACCUUCAUUGGGAGCUCUGCCCUUGUCAUUCAUCAGAGAGUUCACACUGGUGAGAAGCCAUAUGAGUGUGAAGAAUGUGGCAAGGUCUUCAGUCACAGUUCAAACCUUAUCAAACAUCAGAGAACUCACACUGGGGAGAAGCCCUAUGAAUGCGAUGACUGUGGGAAAACCUUCAGCCAGAGCUGCAGCCUCCUUGAACAUCACAAAAUUCACACUGGGGAGAAGCCAUACCAAUGCAAGAUGUGUGGCAAAGCCUUUAGGCGUAAUUCACAUCUUCUGAGACAUCAGAGGAUCCAUGCUGAUAAAAAUCAGGAGCCUGAGCAUGGAGAGGCCUGGGAAGGUCACGGUAGGAUAGAAAGCCAGUGGGAAAAUGUUGGAACUCCUGUGUCUUAUAAAUGUAAUGAGUGUGAAAGAAGUUUUACUCAGAAUAGAAGCCUUAUUGAACAUCAAAAAAUCCAUACUGGUGAGAAACCCUAUCAGUGUGAUGCAUGUGGAAAAGGCUUCACCCGAACUUCAUACCUUGUUCAACAUCAGAGGAGCCAUGUAGGGAAAAAAAUUCUGUCUCACUGACUAUACAUGCCAAAGUUGGGGCUUAUUUGUAAUUCAACUGAAGCUAGCCUGGAGCACUACAGAAAUUGUAGGCCAGGGCUUUAUUUACCAGUGUUUCAUCAUGUGUUAGGAAACAAUCUGAGAUGAAUUAUCUUCCACAUUCUAGAAAUUGGUUGGAACCAAACUUUUUUGAGGAAUGUUGUCUGGAAAAGGUAGACUUAAAGUGUUUUAUUCUUACCUAUUGGACUUAAAUGGCCUUCCAGAAUAGCUAAAUGCCACAGCAGUAUUUUUGUUUUCUCCUGGAUGGAUAAUUCUUAAUCUGGGGGCUGCUGCUCUUACCAUUCAUUUUCUAAUAAUGAAUCCUUCAUGAGUAGGUCAGGUUCAUGAGGUCUUUUACCCCUCACUGUGCCUUGCAUAUAGGUGCUAAUAAAUACUGACUGGAUGUACCUGUGAAAUGAUCUGCAUAGCUCUGGAAAUCUGUGUUUAGAUUUCUGAGAGAUUUGUAACUAAUGCCAUUUGUGUUUGUGUCUGAUUCUCAGAUUCUAGAUUCUGGGUCAAUACUAUGUAUUUGUGCCAAGUAUAUAGUGUUGCCAGAUUUGGGGUGGGGGAAUCCAUAUUUCUUCAUGAGGAUAGUACUGAUGGUAAGAAUGCUUUAAACAACUUCUUAAUGAUUAAGAUAUUGGGAGAUGGCUUCAUCCAUAGAAUUGUAUUAUUGCAAUCAGGUUUGCUACUCUUUUGCAUUCAGGUAAAUAAAAAUUAAUUUAUUAAGUCAGGUAAAA